AUGAGUAUGAGAAAUGGAUCAUUCCCAACAUCGACAGGUGAUGACUCCAAAAUGCCAUGGUUUCAUGGCCAAAUCACUCGAGAGCAAACCGAAAGGUAAGUGAAUAUUUUCUUUAUAGUGUUUGAUUUUUAGGUUGUUGAGAGGUCGAAGUGAUGGCACGUUUUUAAUACGAAAUUCAACAAAUUAUCCAGGCGAUUUCACGUUAUGUGUGUCUUUCAAGGGGAAAGUGGAACAUUACAGGUAAUUACUGGUUUUUGUUCUUUGAUUUUGAGUUUAAAAGUUUAAACGAUAAAACGGAUUUAAAUUUUGUUGUGAUUAAGAGGUAUUGGGAUUGUAGUUUUGAGUUAACGAGCUGUUUUCCAGGAUAUACUUGGUCAAAAAUCAGUACACUUGUGACCACGAAGAAUUGUUUGAUAACUUGAUUCAACUUGUAUCGGUGAGUCAUAUAUUUUUUGGAAUUACAAAAUAAGUUAUUAUAAAGCGAAAACAAAGAUACUUUGUUUAUUUCUUUAACUAUUUUAAAACUUUUGAUAUUAAUUUUACUUUGACCUACCUAAAACAAUAUAACUCAACUUUUUAGCACUACAAACGAGACGCAGAUGGAUUAUGUCAUCGUUUAGUGACUCCACAGGUAUCUGAAGCAUUCCGGCUUCAAUGUGAAGCAGCAAAUCGAGAAGAGCGAUUAACCGAAUUCGAAUUGGCGGGUGUGGUAAUCUCAAGGAACGAGCUUCAACUGGGCGAUGUUGUUGGUCAUGGAGAGUUUGGAGGUAAGUAACAUUUGUUUUGAUUGUUAUAUGUUUAGAUGUGCUUGCCGGAUUCUACAAAUCAAAUCGGGUGGCGGUUAAGACGCUGAAGAAUGGGCUGUCAAUCGAUCUUCUCAAUGAGGCUAGGAUCAUGAUGUAGGUUUUUGAGCUAUUUUAGGGUUUUUUUUUAUUUUGAAGGUACUGUAAUAUAAAACUUGGAAAGAAUUAUGUAAAAAUUACUUUUUGAAGUCCUAAAACAUAAAGUUAUCUUAAUAUGUACCUUUUUAGAGGUCUGAAACACCCAUAUCUAGUAAACCUACUAGGUGUAGUAAUAGACCAACUCGGCUCCGAAGUCCUAAUGGUAAUAGAAUACAUGGCCAAUGGUAACCUAGUGGACUUUCUAAGGUCAAGAGGUCGACAUCAAGUUGAGAAAGAACAAUUAUUGAGGUUUUCAACUAAUGUUGCUGAUGCUAUGGCUUAUAUGGAGUCGGUUUAUGUUGUACAUAGGGAUUUGGCAGCCAGGAAUGUGCUUUUGGACGUGAAUUACAAUGCCAAGAUUAGUGACUUUGGUCUGGCGCAGAAAGUGGACCAAAAAUCGGUGGACCGAGGCAGGGGUAAAUUCCCAAUCAAAUGGACUGCGCCUGAGGCGUUGAGGGAAGGGGUAAGAGAUUAUCGUUGAUGUUGGGAGGUUUUUGAAAAAGAUGUGGUUUUUAAGUAAUAUAAUGUAAAUGAUAAUGUUUUAGAUAGUUUUUUUAGACGUUUUAAUGAAAAAUGAAGGAGAUUUAUAUCUAUUUUUAAGGGGAAAUAUGAAAAAUAUUGUUUUAGGUAUAGAUAUUAACUUUUAAUGUGUGUUUUUUUUAAAAUCCUAUCACUAUGCUAAUCUUUCUGAAUUAUAUGAUAAUCACUAGCAGGGACGUCGCUACGGUUUUUCUCUUGGGGGGGAGACCCAAAAAAAAUUUUUUUGGUCACUUGUGGACCAAUUUUUCGAAAUUUUUUUUUGUUUUUUCACGUACAGGUACCACCUACCUGUGGAUUUUUUUUCGGAUCGGCUCUGGGGGGGAGUCACCCCGAAGACAUCCCUGAUCACUAGCUUAUUUAAUUUAAUCGAGAUCAAAAAGUCGAAAGAAAUCGAAAUUUUGAUUGAUAGCUAAUAUAACGCGAUUGGAAUUAUCAAAGCCACUUUUUGUUUAUAAAUUUGGUAAUGUUAUUCUCUCUUUCUUUUCAGGCUUUCACAAACAAAAGUGAUGUCUGGUCAUUUGGCGUGUUGUUGUGGGAAAUCUACUCGUUCGGCAGGGUACCCUACCCAAGAAUUGUAAGUUAAUUUUGAUUUUUUGUUGGUGUUUAGGUUUGUGAAGAUGGUUUUGGAGGAAAUUUUGGUGUUUUGGUUCUAUCGGGACUUCUGUUUCUAACUUUUACAUCUUAAAAUUUACUCACUUCUAUGUUUACUCCUACCUUUAUUCUUACUCUUACCUCUACCCUUAUCUGUACUCUUAAACCUACUUUUAGCUCUAUCUGUACCCGUAUUUUCACUCUUACUCUUAUCCCAUCUUUUACUCAAAGCUUUACUUUUAGCUUUACUCCUACUCUUACCCUUACCUUCGUUCUACGUUGUCCUACUUUCAGUCUCGUACUCUUACCUCUACCUUUAAUCCUACCCUUACCUUUACUCUUAUCUAUAUUUUUAGCUCUGAUCCUCUUUCUGCUUCUAUUUUUACCCUUACUCCUGCUCGAUUCCAUAUGUCUACUCCCACCCUUAGGGCUACCCCUACUUCUACCUCUAACCUUACUUUUAUUCUUACUGCUACUUAUACUUGCCUUUGGUAAAAUACGGUUUGUUUUAUAAGAUACUAUUGAUAAUAAUAUACAAUUUCAGCCAAUUCAAGACGUAGUCAGACACAUUGAACGAGGCUACAGAAUGGAGCCGCCAGAAGCGUGCCCAGCCAGUAUGAAUGAUUUGAUGACGGAAUGUUGGAACCUAAACCCGGCGGAACGGCCCACAUUUGCAAUGAUUGGUGCCAGGUUGAGGCGACACAGUGAUUUCAACUGA